ACACUUGCUCAGUUUGUUCUAUUGUUUAGCGUCGUUCGCGUCUGUGUUGCACGCCAAUUAAAUAACAAUUGCAAAACAGAUUAAAGGAAAUACGUCUUUCUAGCAAUUUGUGUGUGAAAGUACACUUUUUUUUUCAAAUUAAAAUUGACAAUCAGCGUCUAGCAUUUACCACCAACGGCUGUAAAUAUGUCAGAAGUUGCCGAUCAACCGACGGAUCAUCACGUGCACUUUGAUGCGACAACCCUGAAGACUGAUGACUUUGGCUCGGACAGCUGUGUUACGUAUCAGCGGUCGGGCGAUACGAUUGCCGUCAGUCUGGGCUUUCUGCAGAUCAAUCAUCGCUAUCUGAUUGAUCUGAAUUUGCCGGUCAGUCUGUUUGGCAACACGGGCGCGCCGGGCACCAAGUUUGUGCCGGAUGUGAGCGCCACACCGAAUCUGCAUUGCCGGAUCACGGAGUUCACGGGCACCAAGCACGAUGAGCACGAUUUCUAUGAGAUGAAAAUCGAGUUCUUUGCGUACAAGGAGAAACUGUUGCGCGAGGUUCUCCACAUUGUCAACUCGAACAAUUCCAAGGAGCUGCUGCAGCUGGUCAUCGCGGCGCGUGUUCUGGGCAAAGGCAAGGGUACGCCCAUGCUGCGCACGGGCAUUCAUUGCAUAGGCGUCGAACGGGACGAUGAUGAUUCCGAAUCCUCCGAUUUUGCGGGCUUCGAUAAGCCCUAAGGUGACGAAACAGCUGGACCGCAACACACACACACCCAUACAUAUACAGACAUCUGUCAGUUAGUUCUGGUUUUUUAGUUAUGUGCAGUUAUUUGCAUAGUAUUUAAGUCAAAUAUUAUUCAUAAUCUUUAAUGUUAAUUUAUAAACAAGUACAAGCAUGAAUAUUCGCAAAUCGUGUUAGGUGUCGACUCAUUGAGCACUCGACGGCAAAUGUUAACAUUUUUAAUUAAUUCAUUUAUUUGUUGUUAUGUUGUAUGCCAAUUGUCAUUGUCAAGUAUUUUGUAUGAAUGCAAAUUUUGCCAAUCACUCGAGACAAUUGUUGUCAACAUCGCAUUUUGAUUGGCAAUACAAGUUUGCCUUUUGUAUUAAUUCAAGUUUAUUCGUAUAUUUUGACAGCAUGUUUCAAGUGCUAUUGUCCUGUAUUAUAUGUAACUUUCACUUGCCUCUGACAUGCUAUGUACUUAUAGAAACCCUAUAUUUAACAACUUGAGUUACAUGAAAUUCCUGAAAUGUAACGAAAGGAACCAAGAACAAAGUUUUUGCUCGAUAGUUGUAGCUAAAUAUGUCACAAAUAUUAUGCGAGCUAUUGGCGAAGAGAAUUUUGAUGAAUAAUACUUGAGAGAUUUGA